AUGAGAGAUUAUCGAGAUGAAACUUAUGCAGUGAGAUUUCUAACAGGAUUGAAUGAGCAGUAUAGAAGUGUGAGAUCCCAAAUCAUGCUGAUGAAGUCACUUGCAGACAUUAAUGAAAUUUUUCCUCUGUUAACUCAGCAAGAGAGACAGCUUAAUGGAUCAUAUUUGGAGACUCAGAACUUUACAUCUUUGGCCAAUUCAGUUCAUAAUUUCAACAAUAAUUCAAGCAGUAUUUCUAGAGGAAGAAGACGAGGAACCCAUGGAGGAAGUUCUAGUAACCAAUCAUGUUCUAAGCGGUACGGUUUAUCUCAUAUGGUGGAUUAUAAGAAGUUGUUCCCUGUCCAUAGAGUUUUUUUCCUAACAAUAACCACAACAUUUGAACCGAAGACUUAUGAACAAGUUGUGCGGCAUGUAUACUGGAGAAAUACAAUUAGUGCAGAAUUGCUUGCUCUUGUGAAGAAUAAGACUUGGUCUAUCACUUCUUUGUCUCUUGGAAAGAACCUCAUUGGAUGCAAGUGGAUUUUUAAGGUGAAGUUUCAUCUAGAUGGUAAUGUUGAAUGCCACAAAGCCCGUCUUGUGGCUCAAGAUUUUUGUCAACGAGUUGGCUAUGAUUACUUCGAUACAUUCAGUCCGGUUGUGAAAAUCACCACUUUACGACUUAUUCUUACUCUUGCUGUUGUCCAUGGCUGA